AUAGCAGAAUGGGAGGAGAAGCAGCUUGAGGAGCAAGUCGACUUCAGCUCCUGCAAGAUAGACCCCGCCCCAUUCCAGCUUAUGGAGCGCACAUCACUGCACAAGACUCACACUAUUUUCUCCCAGCUGAGCCUUGAUUAUGCCUACGUCACCAGCAUCGGCCGCCUAAUUGGAGUGGUUUCCCUCAAGGAACUCUGUAAAGCCAUUGAGGGCUCAGUGACACUGAAAGACAUGAAGGUGCGUCCACGUCUAAUCAGUUUCCGUAACAGCAGCAGCAGCAAGACUGAGGCCACUGAGCUCCACAAGUUGUGGGACCGUCACAAGAGUGUGUCACUGCCUGGUGAUCACACCCUGUCAGAGUCCGAUGAAAAGUCUCAGUGAGAGGCAGUGGGGAAUACAGAUCAUGGGGUAAGAGCUGGUGGAGGUCACAUUAAGGUGUUAAAGCUCCAAAGCCACAAACAUGCAUAACUCCUAAGGGCAAAGGAUUCGUAUUUAUUUGUGGAGUUCAAGUUUGGGUCGGGACUCAAAGUGGGUUCCCGAAACAUCAAGGUGGGGUCCUGAAAAGAUUUUCUGAAUUAAUUACAUUUUAGUCUUAGUUGUUA